AUGUAUCUUGCAGUUCUACUGUUCAUCGCCCCUGUGGUUGCGUGCGAAACAAAGCUUCUGGAUAGGGAAGCUCUGCUGGUGGACUUUCUUAUCCUAAAACACUGUCAGCGUGCGAUCGUGUUCGACUGUGGCGAUGUGCUCCCGCCACGGGCCAGGGUGUUCCGUGCUGCAGGUUCCCGCAAUAUGGCGGUCCAAUUUGUUGACCUCGACCGCCGGUAUGAUGUGACAACUGUUUUCGCACCUCGUCAGUACGCGAAACUGUGCGCCGCGGUCGACUUCGAGUGCCCAGGAGCAGCGGCGCUGUUGGAAGAGGUUCCUCAGAAUGUCUCCAGAUAUCGGUUCUUGAACCAGAGUGUCAGCUGGCUGUUGCUACCGCGGACGAUGGCUCACAUCUCCGCCGAGUCGAUCGUGCAGCGGGUCCUGUGGAAUUUAACCGGAAUCCAAUUGGACACCGAUUUGACCAUAGUCGAGGCCGAUCCGGACGGUGGAGUGAUUAAUCUGUUCGAUAUCUACUCCCAAGGGCGCCACUUGUGUAAGGAUAUCCAUCGCACGCUGUACGGUCGCUGGCGCACGGGUGAAGGUAUUCAGCAGGUCCCCAACUACAGUCGCUAUAGGGCGCGCGGAAACUUUGACCGCCUCCAACUCCGGGGCGUUACUGUGAUCGAUCGCGAUAACAUAACGUCCGACCAGGUUGACACAAUUUUCAACGAACAUGGAGUGCAGAAGGGAACGACGUCUUUUCUGAAGUAUCACUACGCUCUGAUCAUGGUCCUGAGGGACUACCACAACUUCACCAUCAAAUUUCGUGUCACAAGAGGUUGGUCCGGUCGGCUACCGUCCGGGUAUCGUUUGGGGUUGCUGGGUGUAGUGAAGCGCCGUGAAGCGGAUAUCGCAGCGACGGGAAUCCUUAUGCGGAUGAAUCGCCAUGAGGAAUACGACGCAAUACACUACAGCUGGAUAUUCGAAUCUGGAUUCAUCUACAAAAUCACACCGGACAUUGGCAGCCAAUCGGAGGGAAACGGUUUCGUCGCUCCAUUUUCGCUCCCCGUGUGGAUCGCGUUCUUGGUGUCGCUGGGGUUGUCGGUGGUGGUCCUGCGAUGCCUGGCCCAGCUGUCCGAGCGCUGGUUGGUGCGACAGGUCGAGACACGAGGCGCCAGAUCGACGAUGGCGUACGUGCUGGACGUGAUCUGCUGUGUGGCCCAGCAAGGCGUACCGGGCGUGCCACGCCUCGUGCCCGCACGCAUUGCCGUGCUGGUGCUUCUGGUGGCCAAUUUGGUGCUCUUCAACUACUACACGUCCACCGUCGUCAGUGGACUGCUGAGCGCGCAGAUGAUGGGGCCGGAAACGAUUCCCCAACUCAUCGAUAGCCCGGUGAAGAUUUCAUUCACCGAUACGGGCUACCACAAGGUGCUGUUCAGGGAGCAAACGCUUCCUCACAGCAAGAGGCUGUACGAACGCAAAGCCCGGCCACCGCGUACUCCACAAGAGUUGCCACUCUACACCAACGUGGACCAGGCGAUUCCGUUUCUGCGGCGAGGCGGACACGCUCUGCACUGUGAGCUGUCCGAAGUCUACCCUGCGCUGGCCAAACAGUUCACGGCCAACGAGAUAUGCGAGGUGCGAACGGUCGGAGGUCUCUACAACAGCGAUAUCCGCCUGCUGGCUCUCAUUUUGCCUAAACAUAGUAUGUACAGCGAAAUGUUCCGAACCACCCUGAUGCGGGCACAGGAAACGGGAAUCGUAAAGCGGAUUAAUAGGAUCCACAAAAUGCCCAAACCGAUCUGCCAAGGAAGUGCAACGGUCUACUCGGUGGAGCUGAGCGAGGUUUCGCUGGCGUUCAUAAUACUCGGAGUUGGCAUCGCACUAUCGGGGCUAAUGUAUCUGGCGGAAAGCAAACGGUGCGGCAUCCGACGGCGGCAGCGACGGACGGUCGUGGCCUGUCGGCAGCCGUUCGCAACCAUUCCGUACCUAACGGACGUCAUUGGAAUGAUCGCGCAGCAAGGCACCACCCAGGACUCGUCGAGACUUCCGGUACGUAUUGUGCUGUACACAGUUCUGAUAGUAAACUUUAUCCUCUACAACUACUACACGGCUUCCAUCGCCGGCGAGCUUGUCAGUGGGUUCAAUCGGGAACCACAGUCGAUCGAGCAGCUGAGGCGAAGCCCUCUAGCGGUGGUGUUUAAUAAUGAUUCAUACAACCGAGCGCUGUCGAAGGAGGAAUCGGCAUCACCAUCGAAUCGUUCCGUUGCGAUCUACACCGAUGUAGCCACAGGCGUACGAUUGCUCCAUCACGAUGGUUUCGCUUUCCACUGCGAGUUGACCGAAGCAUUCCGGACCAUUGUCCAACGCUUCAACGCUGAGGAAAUCUGCGAACUACGAACCAUGGAAGGACUUUACACCGAUCUCGAAAUGAUGAGCUUCGUACUUCCGAAGCGCAGCCAGCAAUUCAGCGAGCAGUUCAGACUAACGUGA